AUGCUUUGUGUAGCGUGUUCUCGGGUAGACCCAAGAUGGCGGGCAGCUUGUCAACGACUACUUGGCACCAGAUGGCUCACCAACUUGCAUGAGCAGCAGCUGCCGAUCCAGACAAGGGAGCCGGCACUGCCCAGAACCCUGCAGGACCGACUUUUUCGCCAGCAGAUGCAGGAGAGAGACUCACAACGAUUGGAGCGACUUCCGCAGCCGCCCACGAGAGAUCUGACGCCUGAGCAGAGCAGCCUGUUGUCAAAAAUUCGGCAGUGUUCCCAUGACCAGGAUGCAGAUGGUUCAUUUCAAUUAUUCAGGCAGAUUCCCCAAGAUGCCGGGCCUGAUUGGGUGCCACAUUUCCGUGGCAUGUUGCUGUGCCUUACCAGGUGCAUGAGGUAUGAGGAGGCAAAAGCGGUGUUUCGGGGUGCUCCAGCGCGAGACACCAUCAUGUACAACAUGAUGCUGGGCAUGUUGGCCCGGCUGCGCCACACCCACGACUUUGAAGUUUUGCUGCGCCAGAUGGACGCUGAGCAGGUGCCCCGCACCUCGGUGACAUACACCCAGAUGCUCACCAGUUGUUCGGAGAGCAACAACUGGGCGGAAAGUCUGAAAUUGCUGGAGACCCUCAAGACCGACCCGGAGCUUCAGGCAAGCGCAAGCUGGGAUGUUGUCUACUUGAUUGCCAUGACUGCCUGCGGGCGUGCCAGAUUGCCCGACCAGGCCCGAGGCUUGCUGCAGCAGAUGCAGGACACUGGCACCCUGGCACAGGCGAAGCACUUCAAUGCGCUCAUCGUGGCCUGUGGCGAUGACUUGCAGCAGGCGGAGAAAGUGAUGGAGGAGAUGCGUAGCGCCGGGCUGACGCCGCGCGCCGCCGACUGGCGCGCACUCAUGGUGAGCUCCCGAAACAUCCGGGAUCAGACCCGCAUCUACGGAGAGAUGCGGCAGGCGAUCCCAGACGUCCGCUUAGAGGAGGCCUGGGCCAUCAUGCUGCGGACUGCGGCCUUGGCUGAGGACUUUGAAGCCGUGGACAAAGUUUUGGAGGAGAUGAAGAGCCAGGGGUGCGACCCAGAUGUGGACUCGGGAGUGCCAUCAUUACGCCGGGCACUUGGGGUUGUCAGCAGCCGGCGGGAGCGGGCACAGCUUCAGGAAACUUGGGACCGGAACGUGUCCGCAAGCUUGGACGGUGAAGCCCAGCCUGCAGGCAUAGCACAGAGCCAGCGGCCAGAUGCAGCUGCCGCAGGGGCGCAAGAUGCAGACCGCCUUCCAGAGGGCUGGCAGUCAACCGUGGACCCUGCAUCAGGGAACCGCUACUACUGGCGAGUGGACAACCCAGCAGGGACCACGACGUGGGAGCGGCCAAUAUGA